UCAAAAGUGGCAACAUUAAAACUGCAAUCUAAAAACAUCGUACCAGGAGAUGUGUUAGCAGCAUGGAUUGAGUGCAAACUCAGAACCAGUAGAGUUCGCAUUUCAUUCGUAAGAAAAUUGGUAAACUCUCUUGAGGCAAGAGAGGUUUACCUCAUGGACAAUGAGGCUCUGCUAGCAUCGGUCUUCUUAGAUCCAAGGGACCUACCACUUUUAAAUCAGGCAGAAUGUAAAACAGCAAAAGAAUUAUUGAAGAAAAUAUGGAAUAAAAUCGAUUUAAAACAAGGAGACACAACAAGCACAAUAAAUACUUCAUCUUCAUUUUCAGAAGAAGAUACAGAGAUGAUCGAAGACGAAGAUGAUUCGACUGAUCUUCUUCAAUUAAUGAUUAAUCAAAAAGAUGCUGAGCGUCAACUGAGGUUAGAAGCAACUUCUUCACCGAUUGAGGACAUUUUAAACGAAAUUUCAAAAGUUCCCAAUAUUUCAAAAGAUGAAGAUAUUUUGAAAUAUUGGGAAUGUAGAAAAGAUGUACAUCCCCAAUUAUAUUCUUUGUCAAAAAUUGUUCACGCUGCCCCCAUGACUCAAGGAAGUAAAAAAAGAAGGGUUGAAAAUAUAGAACAAAUUGCGUCAGAAGAAAUGAGCACUGGCAGUAGCAGCACUGUUAUUCUGUCUUAAUGUUCAAAUUAAUACAUUUAUACA